AAACUCAAUAAUAUCUAAACCAAAAGCCAAAACACACAAAAACAGAGCCAUGUUCUUCAAGCUCUUUACCAUCUUCUUCUUCUUCAUCAUCCUACUCUCUAAACCCCUAAACUCCUCUUCUCAAAGUCUCAACUUCACUUACAAUAGCUUCCAUCGUCCACCAACUAACAUAUCCAUCCAAGGAAUUGCCACAGUCACAUCCAACGGUAUCUUGAAGCUAACAGACAAAACGGUUAUAAGUACAGGUCACGCUUUCUACACCGAACCAAUCCGGUUUAAAGAUUCACCAAACGAUACUGUCUCGUCCUUCUCAACAACCUUCGUCAUCGGUAUCUACUCUGGGAUCCCGACAAUUAGCGGCCAUGGCAUGGCCUUUUUCAUCGCUCCUAACCCCGUCCUCUCAUCAGCCAUGGCUAGCCAAUACCUUGGUCUCUUCAGCAGCACCAACAACGGUAACGAUACGAAUCAUAUACUCGCUGUCGAAUUUGAUACGAUCAUGAACCCUGAGUUUGAUGAUACGAACGAUAACCAUGUGGGAAUCAAUAUAAAUAGUUUGACCUCGGUUAAAAGCUCGCUGGUUGGGUAUUGGGAUGAGAUCAAUCAGUUUAAUAAUCUGACUUUGAUAAGUCGUAAACGGAUGCAAGUUUGGGUUGACUAUGAUGAUCGUACUAAUCAAAUCGAUGUAACUAUGGCUCCGUUUGGUGAGGUUAAACCUAGGAAAGCGCUUGUUUCUGUUGUUAGAGAUCUAUCUUCUGUUUUCUUGCAAGACAUGUACUUAGGUUUCUCGGCUGCGACUGGUUAUGUUCUGUCAGAACAUUUUGUUUUUGGGUGGAGUUUCAUGGUGAAAGGGAAGACAGCUCCGCCGUUGACUUUAUCGAAAGUUCCGAAGUUUCCGAGGGUCGGGCCAACGAGUUUACAGAGGUUUUAUAAGAACAGGAUGCCGUUAUUUUCCCUCUUGUUGAUUCCGGUCUUGUUUGUUGUCUCGCUCAUCUUCCUCGUGCGCUUUAUCGUGAGGAGGAGGAGAAAGUUCGCGGAGGAGUUCGAAGAUUGGGAAACAGAGUUUGGGAAGAACCGGUUAAGGUUUAAGGACUUGUACUAUGCUACAAAAGGGUUCAAGGAUAAGGACCUUCUUGGAUCGGGUGGGUUUGGUAGGGUUUAUAGAGGUGUCAUGCCGACAACGAAGAAAGAGAUCGCGGUGAAGAGAGUGUCGAAUGAAUCUCGACAAGGGUUGAAAGAGUUUGUUGCUGAGAUUGUGAGUAUUGGUAGGAUGAGUCAUCGGAACUUAGUUCCUCUCUUGGGUUAUUGUCGUCGUAGAGACGAGCUUCUUUUGGUGUAUGAUUACAUGCCUAAUGGUAGCUUAGACAAGUAUUUGUACGAUUGUCCUGAGGUAACACUUGAUUGGAAACAGAGGUUUAAUGUAAUUAUAGGUGUGGCCUCUGGCUUAUUCUAUCUCCACGAGGAAUGGGAACAAGUGGUGAUUCACCGCGACAUCAAAGCCAGCAACGUUUUGUUAGACGCGGAGUACAACGGAAGACUCGGGGAUUUUGGUUUAGCUCGGUUGUGCGAUCACGGUUCGGAUCCUCAAACUACGCGUGUUGUUGGAACUUGGGGAUACCUAGCCCCGGAUCAUGUCAGAACAGGACGGGCCACAACCGCUACUGAUGUUUUUGCGUUUGGGGUGCUCCUACUAGAAGUGGCUUGCGGUAGGCGACCUAUAGAGAUUGAGAUCGAGAGUGAUGAGAGCGUGUUGCUAGUGGAUUCGGUUUUUGGUUUUUGGAUAGAGGGAAACAUCUUGGAUGCUACGGAUCCGAAUCUAGGAUCGGUCUAUGACCAAAGAGAAGUCGAAACGGUAUUGAAGCUAGGGUUGUUAUGCUCUCACUCCGACCCACAAGUUAGACCAACAAUGAGACAAGUGCUACAGUAUCUAAGGGGAGAUGCAACGUUACCAGAUUUGUCGCCGUUGGACUUCCGUGGGAGUGGGAAAAUGUUGGGAAUGAACCACAGAUUUAGUGAGUCAUGCACAUUUUCCAGUGGAUCUUCGAUUGCUUAUUCUAUAGUCUCUGGCGGGAGGUGAUUUUGGAAUAUUAGAACAUGUAUAUGUCUUACAUAGUUACAUUACAUAUGUAGAAAGAAUGUUUUUGCACAUGAUAGAGACCAUGUUGAUAUAUAUCAUUGAAACUUUAUUGACCGGUUUACGACUUUAUGAUGUUGUAUUGUUGUAUUUCAAAGUAGAGGUGGUUGAUAAGACUUGGUUAUAGAAGUAUAAUUUUGUAAACACAAAGCUUGGAGAGUCCUUCAGAUGAAUAUAAAUAAGCUAGAGAUCUUUGACAUUAUACAUUGUGAAAUUUCCCAAGUAAUACA